AGGUUGUGUGAUUGAACGCUCCCCUCGCGGCAUCCUGAGCCUCCUUAUCCCCGUCCUGUCCGACGGGACCGUCAACAAGUCGGAAACACGACGCCACCAGCUGUUACACCAGGGCUGGGAGCGGCGCAUUGCAGGGACGCCAUCGCCAAAUAUCGGCACAGCGGUAGUACGCAGGCAUGUGAAACGUUACACCGGCCUGAGACCGACCGAUCGGCGGGAGCAGAGUUGACCCCGACCCGCGAACAGACCGAGAGAAGUCCGGGCCAAACAUGGCCUCCCUCCGCUGGUACGGGCUGAUUCUGCUGGCAGCGACUCUGCAAGUUUGCCUCUGUUCGGACUCGGAGCACCGCCUCAUCAAUCACCUGUUCGACUCAGGGUACAACAAAGUCAUCCGGCCUGUGCAGAGCCGGGGCGAGGUCGUCAAUGUCAACCUUCAGAUCGUCUUCUCGCAACUCAUAGCCGUAGAAGAGAGGGAACAGAUGAUGAAGACGAACCUGUGGCUCGGCCAGGACUGGUACGACUACAGACUCAGCUGGAACCCCGAGGACUUCGACAACAUCGACAUGGUGCGGGUGUCGUCUGAGGACAUCUGGAGACCGGACGUCGUGCUGUUCAACAAUGCUGAUGGGAACUACGACAUCCAGCUGAUGACCAAGGCGUGGGUCCAGAGUGACGGGCACGUGCACUGGGCGCCCCCUGUAGUUUACGCCAGUGCCUGUUUUAUCGUGGUGAAGUACUUCCCCUUCGACAGGCAGAACUGCACCAUGAAGUUCGGGUCCUGGACGUACGACGCAGACGAGCUGGACCUCACGCUCCUGGACGGGGAGGCGCAGAUGCACAGAUACAAGCAGAAUGGCGAGUGGGAUAUCCUCCGCUCCCCAAAUCGAAAGUACUACGCAGACAAACGCGUUUACGUCAACUUCGACUUCAUCAUCAAGCGGAAACCCCUGUUCUACACCAUCAACCUGAUCAUCCCGUGCAUUCUCAUCACGUCCCUGUCGGUGCUGGUGUUCUACCUGCCAGCUGACGAGGGCGAGAAGGUGACGCUAGGCAUCACGGUCCUGCUGGCGCUCAUCGUGUUCCUGCUGCUGAUCGCCGACAUCAUCCCGCCGACGUCCCUGGACGUGCCGCUCAUCGGGAAGUACCUGCUCUUCACCAUGAUCUUCGUCAGCGUGGCGAUCGUGGCGACGGUGUACGUGCUGAACGUGCACCACAGAACUUCCAGCACGCACGACAUGCCAGACUGGAUCAAGGCCGUGUUUCUGGAGAAGCUGCCCAAACUGCUCCGCAUGGAGCGUCCCGAGUCCGAGCCGCCAGAGCCACCGGCCAAGGAGUACAACACCUGGGAUCAUCCGCCGUACUUCAUGAAGAACGUCAACGGCAGGUCUGUGGAGACGAAGGGGCGGAACUUCGGACUGCGCGUGACCGACAUGUCCGGCAACCCCUUCAAGGCAGACAGCCCGAGAUCCGGCCGGUUCGGCCAGGCACCGCCCAGUCCCUCCGUCCUGCCCAAGCGGCUGUCGCCCGAGGCUAGGAAAGCGCUGAAAAACCUCAAGCUCAUCUCCGAGUACUUCCGCAACCAGGACGAGGAUGAUGGGGUGGCGGGAGACUGGCAAUACGUUGCCAUGGUGAUAGACCGGAUCUGCCUGUGGCUGUUCGCCACCGUCUGCUUCCUGGGGACGCUGGGAUUGUUCCUGCAGCCAUUCGUGGGGUCAGACGAGGAGUAAUAUGAGACAUAGACGCCAUGGCAGUUGUGUUGGAUAAUAUGCCCAAACCAUGAAAAUUGUAAUGACUUAUGAUCUUUGCCGACAGAUAGUGGGCCUUCUCCGAUUUGACGCUCGCCUUUGGGAUGUACGUAUACGGCCGCAUUUGUCAGUUAAAAGAAUAGGCACAGACAAAUUAAUAACAAAAAUAUGGCCUGUUUGUAACCCUUUUGGCGAAGGGAUAUGGAGUAUUGAAGUCUGACUAUUGAAUCAUGGUCUUUGAAGUGGGCUGAAACUUAAGGGCUGAAGUUCAUCCGUGAGUACACAUAACUCACUUGUGUACACGUAACAGACCUAUGUACACGUAACACACCUGUGUACACGUAAGCACGCGUAGCACACGGUAUUUCGUGUUGGUACGAUUUUAAUUUUUUUUUAUUUUUCAACUUUGCGUGAACAUUAACGAAUCCCUUUGGACAAAUCAGGUCUUUGUCACCCCAUAGGUUAGCGUAUUUUAUUGUUUUGGUAAUAUUACCAUGAAAAGUGUACGCUGUAGAAUGAUUGUACAUGCUAUAACUGUAAAACGUUUGAACAAACUUUAAAAGUAUGACAUUUUCUUUGCUAUUGAUUUUCGUCAAAGAAUGGAAACAAACAAGUCACGACUGUAUUUCAAGUUACCACCUGGAUUAAAAUCUUUGUAUCACGCACACACACACACACAGAAGUAAAGAUAGACUAAAGACUUUGAUAAACGAAGGACCAACCAAUCAGGGACCGUGACGUCAGGGGGCGAGUGUCCAAAGAGGCAGAACGGUCUCUGCCCUCCCUCCUCCCUUACGGUUUUCAAUAGGUUAUUACAUCUAUAUUACGGCACCAAUAAUGUGUUAAAGUUAAAUGUAUUGAUUGAUUUUUUGAGAGAAGUGUAUGUUGGGGUUGGAGAAAAAAACUUUUAUUUUCAUUCCUCAAUUGUUUUUUAAUAAACAUGUUUGUAAGA